AUGACAGACUCAUCUGCGUCAAUUAACACGAUUGACUCGAAAAUCUACAGCCAUGGUCCGGAAUGGUAUGCCAAGUACCGACGAUUUAUUCAUCGCUCCGCGGAUAAAAUUCGACUGACAAAUCAUCCCAUUAUAACCCAACUCAUAGCAGAAACUUUGGGAACAAUCGUUCUAAUCUUCUAUGGUGAUGGUGCUGUAGCACAGAAAUUUUUCUUCAAUUCUAAAUUCCUGGAAGUUAGUGUCGGUUGGGGUGCUGCAGUAACGAUGGGAAUCAUCAUCAGUGGUGGAAAAGCUUCUCCAGCUUACUUGAAUCCUGCUGUAGCAGCGGCGAAUUCGGUGUUGGGUACACUACGAUGGUCCCUCCUUCCUCUGUAUCUAAUUCUUGAAGUUCUUGGUGGUUUUCUCGGAGCUGGCCUUCUACUUGCAGCAUACAAUGAAGACAUAAUUGAGUACACGAAUGAAUUCGAUAACGGAAAGUUCUUAUUAAAUUCAACUGGGGGAAUUUUUGUUGCUGGAAAGGGUUCAUCAGUGGGAGUUGCCGUAGCUGAUCAGAUUAUCACAACUGCUAUUCUAAUGAUAGGUAUCUUGGCAGUGGGUAACAAUCAACUUGUUAAAAAACCGGGCGAUGCUGUUCCUAUUCUUGUCGGAAUGGUAGUCUAUUUGGGUGUUGGUACUUACACCGCAAAUGCCAGUUCUGCACUGAAUCCUGCUCGAGAUCUAGGCCCCCGAUUACUUCUCCUUGCAACACAUUGGGGAGUUGAGGCAUUUACAGUCGAUAACUACUACUUUUGGGUACCGGGUUUGAUGCCAAUUAUCGGCGCCAUCCUGGGAGCAAUAAUCUACGAGCUUCUUGUUGGAAUCCACACCAACAGAGCCGGUUACUAUCUUACUGAAGAAAGUGAACCCGUCGAAGAUACUGAAUCCAGACCAACUUCCGAAAAGAGUCCACCAAGCUACACAUCGCACACCCCUACCAAGGCUAUUCCUUGA